CUCUGGGACUAUCUAUGCAGGGAAAUUUAUGUCAGUGUUAAGCCUUUCGGUUGAUCAAACAGAACAGAAAAAAUUUUACAAUCAACAACAAUGGAUAAGCAUACAAAGACUCGUCCCAAGGGGAAUCAUAUCAAAAUGAAUUCACUAUUUAACGAAUUCUUUAGCAUCCUGGAGCGUACACCGUUGCCGGCGGAGGCCUUCGACAUGGGCACGCGGGAGCAUCGCCUUGCCAUGUUGUGGCUGAACAAACUCAGUAUGAUGCAGUGCAAUACGGAGCUCGAGGGAGACACACGCAUUGCCUACAUGAGCCAACUGAGCAGAUGCAUCAGAAAGCAGCGACUGGAUGGCAUAUUCCAGCAGGUGCCUCCGGCUAAGCUCAAGUUGAUGGAGCUUCGGGACAGACCCAAGACAGAACAGACUAAGCCAAGACUGCAGGCAUCCGAUACGAUGCGAAAGUCUGCCAAGCAGUCGUUGGGCGGACAACAACAUUCCAUGGGGAAUGCCAAGGAUCUGGGUAUUCAGACUGGGAAAGGAUUUCAACAUUUGCACGAGCUGCCGCCCCACAAGAUGGAACGAUCUAUGGGCGAUCAGCACACCCUGGAGGAUGCCAUGGAAGGGAUUCACUUUAUCGAUUCCGCUAUGUCUUCGCAUUCAACUGCAGGAUCAUGCGCGGCUCAUUUCCCUAGGGAUAUUAUGGAUGGCAGGCGUGAAGGCAUUACAUUCUUCGACCCAAAGCUAUCUCCGCCAUCUCAAAGCGGGCAAUCCAUUUGCAGCAGGGUGCCCGCAGAGGCUGUUCCUCAUCAAUGCAGCGAGGAUGCAUCCAAAUUUCACAACGAAACGCAGAAGGUUAUGAAACAAAGUUUACUUGGAUGUCAGUUAAUUUUAGGAUCGACAAAAGUUGGACAUUGUCGGGGAACGUACAAUCCGAAGGCAUCUCCAAUGGAGCAAUCUGGACAAUCGAUGGGCUGCCCGCAAGAGAAAGCCAAAGGGAACAAGACAAAACUGACGCUUCAGAAUUCGGCAUGUCCGGUCAAAGGCGACAAGGAAACUCAUGGAUGGGAUUCUAUGGGAUGUGCUAUUGGCAAGUCCAUGCCAAAGACGAUGGAUACACGUGAAAAGUGCCACAAAAAGACAAAAGGAUCUAAGAAACACAAAAAUGCGGCAUCGGCUGCUGCUCAGCAGGGAGACAUCUGCAGCAAGAUUGAUGCACAUAAAUUCGAAUGGCCGGGACCAAGCGAUGCCGGACACUAUCUGGUCGAUUCCAUGGGACGCGCCAUUGGCAAGUCCCAGCGUCAGAGUGGAUCUCAGAAAAAGAGUGUCGACAAUAAGGAGGACUCUGUGUCGAAGGACAUUGGAUGUUGUUCCGAGACCCCGACCGCACAUAUUGACCAAUUUGAGAGUGAAAAUCAGUCCACAUGUAGUGGAGGAUCCAACUAUUACACUCCACGUUCUAGCUUUGAGGAAAUCGCUGAUAUCCCACCACCACGACUGCGAGCGAAAGGCCAAAAGGGGCACCCAAAUAAUUGACUGGUGACCAGAUGCACACUUUGACGACCGUCCAACGCGGGUUGAGCGCGAGAGAGAGAGA